AUGGAGGCCAAAGAGAAUGGGGAGUUUACCGAGCCCUCACCAGCCGGAAUUUUCAAGGUUCCUGGCGAACCAGCCAUCGUAAUAAACGAGCUCCCUCCAUUAUCCUCGAGUGAGACGGAUCUUGUCGUACCUUGUGAUGUAGAUGAUGUACAUCCACAAAGAUUUGCUGGGUUUGGUGAGUGGGUGGAGGGCAGGGAAGUUCGUAAAUUGUUCGGGACAAAUCAUUUUAACGGCACCGUAACUCUAUUUGACGGGGAGACGGGUUGGUACAGGGUGGUCUAUGAAGAUGGGGACUUUGAGGAUCUCGAGUGGGAAGAGCUGUCUGAAAUUUUGGUGCCACUCGAUGUGAAUUUGCCUUUGAAAACACUAGCAAUGAAAAUCGUCAAGAAGAGGCAGAAAUCUGUUCAGAAGCCAGGGAAAAGUAAGGUCGUAGGUAGGAACAAUGGCUCGUUUGGUGAGAAAGGCAAGGGAAAGGAGAAUGGUGGAUCUUGA